UGUCACGUCGGUGCGAGGAUAGUAAGCUAACGGGUAAUGCAAACAUAAACUAAUAUAAAUAACGCGGAUUGACGCGUAAGGCGAUACAGCACGGGAAGGUUUGAUUGUUUGGACCCAGUCCUGCUUGUUGGACUUUUUGUUGGUGAAGAUGUGGCGCAGCCGUCAGUGCGAGGACACACGGAUCGGGUAACGUCAGCUAACUGCCGUUAGCAGUAGCCCGCUAAUUUUUUUAGCGGAACGCAAAGGCCGCGGAGAAACACAAGAUCUGCUUCCUCUUCCAGCUCCAUUGAGAAUGUAGGUUACCUUACGAGUUGCAAAAUCACAACGGUCGUCUAAAGUAGUUCAGUGGCGCAGUCGAUCGCGUUUGAGUUUGUUUUUGUCGCGCUUGCGGGCUCCCUGGCUUGGUAGCUGUUUGGCUGGCUAGCUAGCAUGAGUGAACUGACGGGCUGCCAGCAGUCCGCUGACUCUGCAUCGAGGAAACGGUGUCCAUCACCGGACCGCGAUGAGGCCAGCACGAUCCCCAGCAAGUCCAGGAAAGUAAGCGACGCGUCAAAUGAGGCGGGUGUUACUUCGGAAAGUUGCAAACACAGUGAAGCUGAGAGUAAAGAAGGAGCUGGGAGCGUGGGCCAGUCGACAGAUGGGGAGAAAGACCCAGCUGCAGUGCAAACGGAUCCGGGUUCAGACAGCACGGAGGGCACCAGUACACUACCUGUCAACAACUCCAGUGCUGACGGUCGUGAUGCCAGCAACGCCGACAAACCACAGUCCUCAGAUGCGUCGGGAUCUGCUGACACAAAGGAAGGCACAGAGAAGACAGUGGGGACAAAGCUGCGUCCCUCAACUCCUCUGGACCAGUCCGACUCAGCAGCCAUAGCAGCUGCUGAAGCACUUGCCAGUCUCACAGGAGGAGACGGGGAAGACAGUCAAGAGACUCCUUGCUCUUCUGAAAAGGUUAAACAGGUGAAACCGGGGAGCAAAUUCAAACAACGCGGGGGCCACCAGUCUUCCAGAGCCGGCUCGAAAACACAGGCAGCUGCUGCGGAUAGCUCCACAUCUGUGCAUAGUACUGACAAAGAAGAUGCAGAUGAUAUGCCAGAAGCAGACGAAGGCGAUGAAUCCAUGUCUGGAUCAUCCUCCACUCCGAGCUCCUCUUUCCCGUCAGACAAUGAGGACAAUGACGAUGGGGAGUGUGCCAUCGUGUCAGUUAAGAUGGCCCCGGAGAUGAGGCAGUCGGUGGCCCUCCUGGCGCAGGUACAAAUGAGACUGGAAGCUCUGGAGAAGAAAAGCGCCCGGCUUCACCAACGGCUGGACCUGAAGAUUGGUCGUCAGCGGCGCCCACAUCUGGAUCAGCGCAGCUCCAUCGCGAAGACUAUCCCCGGCUUCUGGGUGACAGCUCUGUUGAACCAUCCUCAUCUCUCAGCUCACAUUGACGAGACUGAUGAAGAUGCUCUUAGUUACAUGACAGAUCUCGAGAUCGAGUCCUUCAAGAAUAAUAAACUAGGCUAUAGGAUCCGUUUCCACUUCAGACGGAACCCGUACUUCCAGAACAACAUCAUCAUGAAAGAGCUGCACCUCGGGUUGAGAGGGUCUCCCAUGUCAUUCUCCAACCCCAUCCUGUGGCAUCGUGGACAGAACCUGACGGCCCACAGCGAACCCAGGAAGUCGUCGCGUGGGGUCUACCAGACCUUUUUCAGCUGGUUCAGUGACCAUAGCAACCCAGGGCAAGAUGAUGUAGCACAGAUACUUAAGGACGAUCUGUACAGAGACCCUCUGAGAUACUACCUCACUCCACUCUGGGAACCGCGGGAGAACGGCAGUGGCGGCAGCGGGGCCAGAGCAGCUGACAACGGUAACGGAGAUGAUUGUGUGGUGAUCUCCGACUCAGACGACGAGCCCGGUGAGGAAGCAGCCGAAGCUGAACAAGGCCACAGUAGGGAGGAGGAAGAGGAGGAGGAUGAAGAAGAGGAGGAGGAAGAAGAGGAAGAGGAGGAGGAGGAGAGGGGGCCAAGCGCUGAUGAGAGCCCAGAGGAGGAGGAUGAUGGUGGAGAAAUUGUGAUUGACGGCUCUGAUGACAGUGAGCAGGAAGAGGAGGAUGCCUGAAAAGAAGUAAAGAGGAAGACAUGGUGUAUGUCGAUGAAGACCAGUCAUCGAGGGACCAGAAACCAGGAAGAUGAAGUGGAUGCCUAGGUCGGGGCGAAGAGUACCAGAGCAAUUUAUUGUCAUUUUAUGCACAGAAUAUCAGUUUUUGUUGUUUUAUACCUAAAAAUACAUAGAAACAUUUAAAAAUCAGGGUUAACUAUAAUAAUAAAGCCAAGGCAGCAUGUUUUCCCUCUAUUUUAUACAGUCGGUACUGUGUAUUCUGAUGUUCUCUAAUUCACUUUUUGCAAAAUGUUUUUUUCUAAACCAGUUCAUACAAAGUAGUGUUCCUCCAUUUAAUGAGGAACGUCAUACGACGGCCUACACGCGUGUCGGUGAGAUUCUGACUCCCGCUACUUGUCGGCAUUAAAAUCCGCAUUGCAAAUUCUUCAAACGUAUACUGCAGAAAACCUACAGUGGCAUUAUUAGUGGUCAUUUCAAGGCAAAGUUUUGGCUUUUUCUUUUCUUUCUUUUUUUUAAGAAUUGACGUGACAAGACAAACAUGUCAGAAGCUAAAUUGAUAUCAUCACAGUACAUUUCAGAUGCACUCAGUACUGAACCAAAAUUUGUUCUCAGGGAUGAUCAUGGUGGUAGUUUUAUUGAAAGAACAUUACUGAUUUUCAGACAUUUUCACUCUCUGGUUAUUGUUGGCUGUGUAUAAGGAAACGUGUACUCUACUGUAGUAAAUAGGAACAAAUAUUGUUUUAAUAUGCUACCUGUGUUUCUCCUUCUUCAUCUAUAUGUUCAGUCUUGUUGCACACCAACGUCCACCCCUGUAACGAUCUGUAAACCAUCUCUGAUGUUUAAAAUCAUGGUGUAGUUUGACCAGUGUUUCUGUGGAUUCCUACAUUUUUGUAACACACUCCUACAAUAAGUAGCUGAGUUUUGUACUUUCUUUUCUUUAGAUUUUAACUUAAUUUGCUUUCUAAAACAUUUAAGAUUUCUUUUCAUGUAAUGUGUUUUAAGAUUUGUGUUAUCUUCUUUUUUGAAAAGAUGAUAUUUAUUAUUGUUUUUCUACAUGUCCAGAUCAUGGCACGCCUGCGAGCAUGAAAUGUAAGACAGGAUGAUUACAUUACUUACAAGGCUUUUUCUGUGCACAGUGUCAGUAAAUGUUAAAAUUCACAGCAACAUUAUGGGGUGAACUGUAACAAAAUUAGUAUUUGUAUUUGCUUACUUUUCUUAGCAAUGACUUGUAAAUAAUAUUUCAGCAUUGUCUUUUGGAUAAGACAAGUACACGUGUUUGAUCCAUGGAUGAAUUUAUCAAAUAAUCUGGAGUUUUUUCCUAAACAUGAUCAGAAAGUUAUAUUUUGUGUGCUGUGUUUUAUAGAACACUGUAGUUUAAAGAUACCUUCUUGUUUGUUGCUUUGGUUCAUUUUGUUUGCUUAAAGAUAAAUGUCCACCUUUUGACUCAGACCUAAUAAAAUAGGCAGUUGUUUCA